UUUCAUGGAAUGAUAUCUUCCUUUAUCUUUGUGUUAUCUAGAAACUACAAACAAAUAGUGAACCAAAGACUAGGAAACUACAAACAAAUAUAAUUGUUGAGAGUAGCAAGCAAGGCAAAACAUACAUAAGCAAACACGAAAUCGAAUCCAAUCAAAUCUAACAUCAACAAAAAACCAAACCAUCCAUACUAGAAAAACAACAUAAACCAAAAUGUAAAAAAAAACAAAGAAAUAUUCAACUCAAAGAUUGAUGUUCAUCCAGUCACUCACUCACACCCAACAACAAUUCAAAGUUACAAUCUUUUCAACAGUUUCCACAACCCCAUCAUCUCUACAACACAAUCCAAUCCAAUUCAAUCCAAUCCAUGGCUGUUUAGUUCUUUCUGCAGUUUUUGAGCAGUAAUGGAUUUGGUAGGACCCGCCAUGAACCGGUUGGUCGGAGAUUACAUACUGGGUCCUCGAAUCGGGUCGGGUUCAUUUGCGGUGGUGUGGCGUUCGCGGCAUAGAAUUUCAGGUUUGGAGGUAGCGAUUAAGGAGAUUGAUCAGACUCAAUUGAGCCCUAAAGUUAGGGAUAAUCUCAUCAAAGAGAUUACUAUUCUUAGAACUAUUCAUCACCCUAACAUCAUUCGACUUUUUGAAGCUAUAGAGACCAAUGACAGGAUUUACCUAGUUUUGGAGUAUUGUGGUGGAGGGGACCUUGCUGCCUACAUACAUCGCUAUGGGAGAGUUUCAGAAUCCAUUGCUCGACAUUUCAUGAGGCAAUUGGCUGCUGGGUUGCAAGUGCUUCAAGAAAAGAACCUCAUACAUAGAGAUUUAAAACCACAGAACUUACUGUUGGAAACUACUUCAGCUACACCACUUAUGAAAAUCGGUGAUUUUGGUUUUGCAAGGUCUCUCACACCGCUGCAGUUGGCAGAUACACUAUGUGGUUCACCUUAUUACAUGGCUCCCGAGAUAAUUCAGAGUCAGAAAUACGAUGCCAAGGCUGAUUUAUGGAGUGUCGGAGCAAUAUUGUAUCAGCUAGUGGUCGGGAAACCGCCGUUUGAUGGAAAUAGUCAAUUGCAGCUUUUUCAAAAUAUUUUGGCAUCUACCGAACUGCACUUUCCAUCAAAGAUUUUAAAAGAGCUGCAUCCGGAUUGUGUCGAUCUUUGCAGAAGCCUUUUACGUCGAAAUCCAGAUGAGAGAUUAACAUUCAAGGCGUUUUUCAAUCACGAUUUCGUACGUGAUAACAACAGGUCCGUUGUGAAUAUUGAGCGGUUUCAUUCGCAUCAAUCAGAAAGCUCGAUGGUUAAUCAAUUAGUUGGCUCUGCAUCCGAGAAGGUGUCUCAAGCACAUUCCGAGUAUCAUGUUGAGAAAGCUUCUCAUUUAAUGGAGUCCGUUGAAAAAAGUUAUGUCCUCGUCAAUUCUCAUUUUGCGUCAUUGGAGGAUUUCUCUGACUACUUCGAGGCAUCCGCGCAAGAUAACCCCUCAAGCAAGGUUUCUAUCCGUGCUUCAAACAGGUUAGACUUGUUGCAUAAGUACGUGCAAGUCCUUGAAGAACUUUCGCAAGAAAAGUAUAACACAGGACUGUAUCUAGAAUCACUUGCAGUCGAGUUGGUGGUUUUGGCUAUAUGGAAGAAAGCUCUAGACAUUUGUAGCACUUGGUCAGCCCCAAUUUCUAAGAACGAGUUGCACGGAAGCAGUUCAGUUAACGAGUCCGUAAUUGCCUGUGGAGACGCGAGCUUAUCACAUACUAUCGAUCAUAAAAUAAAUUUCAACGAUCGUCCUUCCGUCUCCUUGUGGGCCAAACAUGGAUUUAUCAACGCAGUCGAUCGUGCCGAGAAACUAUCAUAUCAUAUUCAAAACAUGGAUGGUGCAGUUGAGAUGCCAGACGCAAUCGAGAUUAUAUUCACAGAAGCACUCUUAAUCGGGACAAAUGGUGCUGUAGAUGAGUACAUGAACAACAAAGAUAAGUCUGCAACAUCUUACUCAAAAGCAAUGCUUCUACUUUCAUUUAUUGUGGAAGAAGCAGAGAAUCUUCCACUGAAUCCUCCAUUUUCACUUCUUGCUGACGAUCAUAAGCGAAUCGUGCAAUAUAUUCGCAACUUGCGGAUUCAAAAAAUAUCUUUAUCAGAGUCACUUUCUGAGGAAGCUCAAUAGCUUAUACUCUUUAGUCGAAUUAAUAAAAAAUAAUCAGUUUGUAUAUAUUUGCAACACAGCUUUUGGAAUUGGUGAAGCAGUUUGUAUAUAGGUAUAUAUAAGCACUUACCAGGACAUUGUAGAGGGACCUUUUGGUGUUAUUGGAUGAUUUUAUGUAAAUAAUCAUGUUAAUUCUUUGCAUAACAUGUAUCAAUUGACAAAAUAACAAUGAGAAUUAUGGCUAAAACUAAAUCAUUUUGCUUUA